AUGUUUGCCGCACGGCACGAAGCGACCUGGUAGCCGAUAAACUUUUACUUCUUGUGGAGAAACGGCACGUCGAUUGGUUAUCGCGUCGUUUCUUGACACGCGCUAAUCAGAUUCACGAAUUUUACACCAGUUGCAAAGCUGUUUUCUCUGCUGAACGCAGCCAUUAGUGUUGAUCAAGCCGCUAAAUCCUAACCUCACAUCUCGCGCUUUUCACAAUUUCAUUGUUGUUUUUAACCUCAACGAUGGCUGAUAAUGACCAAGAUACUGGAGACCGAAAUGACGGCGACAAUCAGAAGAGCGAUAAAAUGUUUACUCUAAAGAAGUGGAAUGCGGUGGCUAUGUGGAGCUGGGACGUUGAAUGUGACACUUGUGCCAUUUGCAGAGUCCAAGUUAUGGAUGCCUGCUUGCGAUGCCAAGCUGAAAGUAAGAAGGAGUGGUACGGUCGACAAGAUUGUGUGGUUGUGUGGGGCGAAUGUAAUCAUUCAUUCCACUAUUGCUGCAUGUCACUCUGGGUCAAACAAAACAAUCGAUGUCCGCUUUGCCAGCAAGAAUGGUCUAUCCAGCGAAUGGGGAAAUAAUCUGCCGCUUCUCAUUUUUUCAAGGUGGGAUUAUUCGACUGUUGUGACGAGUUCUUGUUAUCGUCGAGAAACAUCCUAUCAAAGUCCAAGGUUCACUUCGCUUUUUGGAAGUUUCAGAGAUACGACGGAGUUCAUAAUGAUUGAAAUUUCUCGUUGUUAAAUUUCGAACGGCUAUUACACCUGCUAUACAGUCGUACAUAUGUACGCAAGAUUCCUCCUUUAAGGCUUGUGAAUCAUAAAAAAGCUCGUAAAGAAAUCGAUUGUUCCUUCGUAAUUUUUUUUAACAUCACAAUCUUUUAUUUUUACAAUUUCAUUUGACUUUCAUUUGAAUUUCAUUGUUGUCAAUGUAAUGAUUAUCCUUUAUUAUAAGAUAUGAUUUUUAUCUAUAUAUUAAUGGGGAUAGGUCGGCCAAUUUAUUUUCUCUAAAUGAGACGUCGAACUGUAUAUUUGAU